CGCUGGAGGCAGCGGGGAACGUCGCGUGGCUGGCCCGCAGGGGAUCGGGGAGAACGCAGCUGACGGGAGAUAACCCAGCUGUGGUCCCCAGAGCCUGCAGUUUCAAGGCCUCCUCCCUGCCUCUACUGUUAGCCCCAAGACCUGCACCUUAGCCAGAGUUCAUCAUGGGGAACCACCUGACUGAGAUGGCGCCCACCGCCUCCUUCUUGCCCCACUUCCAGGCCCUGCACGUUGUGGUCAUUGGGCUGGACUCGGCUGGAAAGACUUCCCUUCUUUAUCGUCUCAAGUUCAAGGAGUUUGUCCAGAGUGUCCCCACCAAAGGCUUCAACACAGAGAAGAUCCGAGUGCCCCUGGGAGGGUCCCGUGGCAUCACCUUCCAAGUGUGGGACGUUGGGGGACAGGAGAAGCUUCGACCGCUGUGGCGCUCCUACACACGCCGGACAGACGGGCUGGUGUUUGUGGUGGAUGCUGCUGAGGCUGAGAGGCUGGAGGAGGCCAAGGUGGAGCUACACCGAAUCAGCCGGGCCUCGGACAACCAAGGUGUGCCUGUGCUGGUGCUGGCCAACAAGCAGGAUCAGCCUGGGGCACUGAGUGCAGCCGAGGUGGAGAAGAGGCUGGCAGUCCGGGAACUGGCUGCUGCCACACUCACCCACGUGCAGGGCUGCAGUGCUGUGGACGGGCUGGGCCUACAGCCAGGCCUCGAGCGCCUGUAUGAGAUGAUCCUCAAGAGAAAGAAGGCUGCACGGGUGGGCAAGAAGAGACGGUGACCUGAGGCUGCCCCGUCCUCUCCGGAGGGGUCUCUACACUUGGACAGCCAGGCAGAGCCUGUUGGACCCCUCACUCAGAACCAGGGUGCAGGACCUGUCCACCUCAAUGAAGGACCAAGCUGCACACUGGGGGUCCUGUUUUGGGGCAGCACUGGGGGAGCGUGAUGGGAGAUGAGGUGUCUUCUCACAACCACCCCUCAUCCUUACUUCUGGAGAAGUGAAGGCUGCAGGACUGUGGAGACUUAAAUGUAAACUGACUCUACCUCGACCCUGUUUCCUGUUUUUCUUCUCUGGCUUUUUGAUUAGCUGUGUUGGGGAGGGCAAAGGAAAGUUGCUGGGAGGAUACAUUUGGAAUGAAUAAGAACUAGCUCUCGGCUCUCACCGCUCCCCAACUGGAGUCUCCCCAGGUUGCUUUUCUAGGGGUGCCAGUCACAAUACUCUAUGUUUUUGUAUGUGUAUGAAAGUGCCAAGAAUUCCUCCUUACCUUUGUAGAUUCACAACCAUUUUUAUAAGCCAUGUGUGUCCUCUAUUAUUAUUAAUUAUUUUUUAGCAUUUGCUUAUAAGUUAUUAAAGACUGAUGAUACUGUAGCUCUAA